GUUAGUGCACGGCAAUUCAACCGCAUCAAUCGGGGUAAAUUCCGGUACCGCAAUCUGUUGAACGAAUUAGACCACCGUAACUGGUCUUCCAACGAUGCUUUGAACAACGAGUCUCUGGGAAGCCGAAAGUAAGCCGAUGGAUGAGAUAAGCCUAGGUCUUACUUAACGAGGACUUGCUGAGUCUGUCGCGUGCACGUAAGAGAGAAGUGGAGCUCUCCCUCCAUAGAUAUAUUGUGGAUCGCAGGGGUUCAUCGCGAGUCGCGACUCACUCCAUUUGCUUUAAGUAGUCCAGUUGUGUUGGCUAGCCAAUUCGUUGUCAAUUCACGAUCAUCUGGUUGUCUCAUACCUCAGUUGAGCUUCGUCUGGUCCGCAGUAUAGACAACUUCAUCUCUAAUCCUUAUAAUACCGGCACUUCUCAUAUCUCGGGUCGUAAAAUCGCUCAAAUCUCACCAUGUCUGCGUUCUCCAAACUCAAGAAUGCUCGCAAGAUCAUCUGUAUUGGCCGCAACUAUGCGGACCACAUUACCGAGUUAAACAGUGCCAGGCCCAAGCAGCCCUUCUUCUUCUUGAAGCCCACAUCUUCAAUUCUGCUGCCGGGCGAGGGCUCCAUCAUCCGCCCACGAGGCGUUGAUAUGCACUAUGAAGUCGAGCUCGCCUUAAUUAUGGGCAAGACCGUGAGGGAUCUCAAGGAGAACGACACUAAAGGCGCUCUUGAUGCCAUCGACAGCUACGCUGUUGGUAUCGAUAUGACAGCCCGCAACGUGCAAAACGAAGCCAAAAAGAAGGGUCUCCCCUGGUCCAUCGCCAAGGGAUUUGACACCUUCCUGCCCAUGAGCAACGUGAUCGCAAAGUCCCAAAUCCCCGAUCCGCACAAUGUUGAGCUGUACCUCUCCGUCAACGGAAAAAUACAGCAGCAGGAUUCGACGGAGCUCAUGUUGUUCCGCAUUCCUAGGAUUUUGAGUGAGAUUUCCAAGGUCAUGACGAUCGAGAAGGGUGAUAUUGUCCUUACCGGAACGCCCAAGGGUGUUGGACCUGCUGUUCCUGGCGAUAUUAUGGAGUUUGGUGUCAAGGUCCAGGGUAAGGAGAUUGAAGAGGGAAAGACGAGGUUCGAGGUCAAGGACUCAACGGGCGAUUAUGUUUUCGCUGAGACAUAAAACGCAGUUGGAUGACGCUAGUGAAAUGUACACGAAGCAACCGCAUAUGUGCACAUACUGAGGACUGUACAAAAAUUUUAAAUACGAACGCAUUGUUGCGCAGAA